AAUUUUCGGAUAGAAAAAUAAAAAUAAAAAUAAAUAAGGAAAUAAAAUUUCUUUAUAGAUAUUAAUUCGGAAAUAUUGUGAUUAGGUCCUUGAUCGUCCUGUGACCUUAGCACUUGGGUUAGGCCUUCUGUUCUGUGCGAUUAAGGUAAGUAAAUUUAUGCAUGCUUACUUGAAAUUUAAUUGAUUGUCCUGAUGAUUUGAAAGUGAUUGUUGAAUUAUGAUUUUCUGUUAACUUCAACAUGUUUUGUCUCUGAUGUAGUCAUGUUAUUAGUGACCCUGCUAGUGGGGAUUAUAUGCUAGCACAGGUCGACAUGUUAGUGAUAGAACUGGUUCGUUCGAGUGACCCUACUAGUGGGGAUUAUACACUAGUAAAUAGUGCGCCUGCUAGUGGGUGGUUUAUAACACUAGCCGUGAUCUAUAGAGGAGAUGUCUAUUUUGUUCUCGUACUGUAUCCGUUUUUGUAAUUACACUUGUUGGCAUGUUAUGAGUUUAAUAAUGGGCACUCCAUAUUUUACUUACUGAGUUUAUUUUAUAGUUUUUCCUUGUCCACCAUUUCAGGUAGUGAAACCCGACGUAGGGGGAGCCCAGGAGAGUGACGAGCUAGACAGCUAGGCACUUUUGGACUUAGAUUUUUGUAGCUAGGCCGUUAGUCACCAUGCUUGACUUAGAAAUUUUUGUGUACAGAACUUCCUUAGUUCUAGUCAUGAUCGUAUUUAGGAAAUGAUAAAUUUGUACAUCUUGACUGGUAAAUAUUUGAUUCCGAGCCUUGUGCAUUUAUGGGCCUCGCUCAUGAGUGCGUGGUGUCUGUCUCACUCCGAGAUUUGGGGCGUGACAGAGGUGGAGAGGGGAUUCCGCAUACUAAAAAUUUUUUAUGACCUUAAGGUUGAUAUGGGCAGUUAUAUGCUUACGGGUGAAGCAUUGACUUGGUGGGAGAGUUACUUGAAGCUACACCAAGGAGAGCCUGAAUUGAGCACCUGGGAUGGUUUUAAAAAGGUGUUCAUGCGAUAAUACAUACCUGACAGCAAAAGGCGGGAGCUGCAAAGGGAAUUUGUAAAUCUUAAACAAGGGUCACGUACUGUUGAGCGGUACAAGGAGUUUGACCGCUAUUUGACUUUUGUGGGUAGUCAAGUUGGGGAUAAGCAAGCCAAAACUGAUAGAUUUUUAUGGGGCUUGAAUCCUAACAUUUAUCUAGCGGUGAAUCAAUUCAAACCUGCCAUUUAUACAGAGGCGGUGGACAGAGCCAUAGAUCAGGAGAAGGUUAUGGACAGAGUCAAGACACCAGAUUUGCAAAAAGUGGGGUCAUCCCUUGGGAAGAGAAAAUUUGAUGGGAGCCGUAGACGCUUUAUCUCUGCACCGCCUAAGUUUGAUACUGGCAAGGGUUCUAAAGAGCUAAGGGUUGCCAAGACUGUGGGUCAAGCAUCAAUAGCCCAGCAUACUCAUCUUGCUCCACCUAUUUGCCUCACUUGUGGAAGAGUUGGGCACACUCGUGACCAAUGUCACAUUAAUACAGGGCUUGCUUUAGAUGUGGCAAGCAAGGACAUCGGGUUGCUAAUUGCCAGCAGUUGGACCCCAGAGCUCAGAGUACUCAAUCUACAUCUCAACGGGGUUCUACUAAUCAGGGGGCACAGAAACAGAAUGUCGGGGUUAGGACAAGAGCCCAGUAGGCGAAAGUGCACGUGAUGACUCACAAGGAAGCUAUGGCUACCGACAUAAUCACAGGUACUUUACCUGUCAAUUCUAAUUAUGCACAUGUUUUAUUUGAUUCAAGUGCAUCACACUCUUUUAUAGCUCGAUCUUAUGCUUCGAAACGAGUCUUACCUAUUGAUACCUCCGAUUUUGAACUGCAUGUGAACACCCCUUUAGAAGGGAUGAUGACUACUAGAGAUGUAUGUAGGACUAUAGAUAUUUAUAUUGAUGGUAGACAAUUGAGUGCUAGCCUAUUUGUUUUGGAUAU